AUGGCCGACGACGCAGAGCCGCGCCCGGCAAAGCGCUCAAAGAACGUCGCGCGGGCGUGCGACGCUUGUAGGGCGGGCAAGCGCAAGUGCGACGGCGCGCUACCGUGCAGCGUGUGCAAGCACGGCGACAAGGUGUGCGCCUACACGCUCGGCGACAAGCGCCGGCGAGUGUCGUCGACCCCGCUCGUCACCGAGGCGCCCGCCGCCGGCCCGUCCAACCAUGCCGCCCUCCCACCCUCCCUUCCGACCCCUCCCCAGUUCAAUGCCGCCAUCUAUCCUCCUCCUCCGCCCAUCGUCAGCGCUCCCGUAUCGUACACGGACCGGUCGCCCGGCAUCCGAGGGCGCACCUUGCCGCCGAUGGAGUUCGGACCCGCACCUCGAUCCGCCGCCGACGACAAGAUGCUCGCGUCCCUCACGCGCGCCAUGGCCAACGAGCCGGCGCCAGGCGGCACGCAGAGCGAUGUUCACGACGCAGCCCCUCCUGGCGCAGCAGAAGAAGCCGAAAACGCGCCAAGUUUCCUCGCCAGCAUCCACCGUCACCUGUCGACCGUCUUCUCGCUUCGCGCUCAGCCCAAAGGGCGCGAGAACGAGGACCUCCUCGAGCCGGACAAGGGCAUCGCCUCGUUCUUCCUCCCGACCAAGGAGGAGGGGCUCGCGUACGUGCGCUGCUACUUUGAGCAUGCAUCGUCGACCUACCGCUUCGUCGACGAGGAGGACGUGACCGCCCUCGCCGACCGCUUCUUCGCCCGGGAUCCCGAGGCGAUCGCCGACGCCGAGUCGACAGCGCUUCUUCUCGCCGUUCUCGCGACCGGGUGCCUGUGGACGCCGAGCUGGACCGGGCAGGACCCAGAGAUCCUCACGCCUCAAGCGAUCAUGCUGUAUCACGCCGCACAGCGCCAGCUUGCGCGAAUACCGCCUUUCCCGGCUCGACUCGGCCUGAUCCGCAUCCACCUCACGAGCACGCACUUCCUCCUCGGCAUUGCUCGGUUCUCGGCCGCCUACGUCAAGUUCAGCACCGCCGGUCGGCUCGCCCUCAUGCUCGGCCUGCACCGCCACGACUCGAGCCUGCCGCCGCUCGAGCGCGAGAAACGGCGACGCGUCUUCUGGUCGAGCUUCAUGAUGGACCGCUACGUCGCGGCCGUCGUCGGCCUGCCGUGCCUGUACGACGAGCGCGACAUCUCGCAGCGCUACUUUGCCGUCCCCGACAACGCGACGCUGCGGGCCGACAUCGCGCAGCAGAACCGGGUCCUCAUCGGCUCUCUCGCUCACAUCAAGCUCACCCGCAUCCUCGGCCACGCCAUCCGCCUUCUCGGCUCGCCCAAGGAGGUCACGCCGUACGAGCGCAAGGCCCGCACGGCCACGCUCGAGGCCGAGCUCUCGCAAUGGUCGCUCGAGUCGCCGGCGUUCUUCCAGCCGUCGCCGACCGGUCGCGACGCCCUCGACGAGGCGUUCGCCCAGGUGCCGCACAUCUUUGAGCGGCAGCGCCGCCGGUGCCACUCGGCGUACCACUUCGUCAAGCUCCUCAUCUACCGCAGCUACAUCCUCGACGAGCUCCUGAACCGCCUGCGGCCGUCGGCGACGCCGCCCUCGAGUACGCCGUCGGCCGAGGUCAAGAUCUGCGUGCACGCCGCCAUGCAGAUCAGCGAGGUCGCCAUCAUGAUGCAGGACCAGAGCUCGUACUCGGGCAUGUUCUGGAGCACGGCCUACUUUACCUUUGCCGCCCUCACCGUCCUGUUCGUCUACCUCAUCCUGUACCUCGACGCGCCCGACCGGGCCCAGGUCGAGGGGGUCAUCUCGCGCGCGAUGAAGGCCAACAAGCGCACGUCGGGCAAGGUCGCCUCGCACGAGGCCAUCUUCAAGGAAUCGCGCCGCAUCGCCAGCAUCCUCCGUCCUCCUGCUCCUGCCGCGGUUCCCGGCUCGCCGACUCGCUCUACCGCCGCCGGUCCGUCCUCCGUCGACAUGUCGGUCGACGUAGCAGAGCCCACCGGCCUGCCUUUCUUCCUAUCGUCUGAGCUGGCGGCGCAGGGCGACGAGAACGCGGGCGCAGGCGCGACGACGACGGACUGGGAAACGCUCCUCGACGAGCUGCACGGCAUGGUCCAGGCCGGGUUUGACGUGACGAGCGAGGGAGCGUUCGCGGCGGGUGCGGCGGCGCCCGCGUUUGACGGGUUCGGCGCGACGAGCGAGCGAGGAGCAGCAUUCGAGUGGCCUCCCGUGGGUCGAGUUUGA